CGCCGCAUGGAACCGAAACUGACGCUGCCGUCACCCCGUUUCUGGACGUCCUUCAGGAAGCGUCUGGCAACCCUGGACGGCAGAUGGAAAUGUAAAAUGGCCGCCGAAGUGCUAAUUAAGAAGGGAAAAAGAGGAGCGGCUGCAUAUUUUCAAUCGGAAUGCGCAAGAACGAGCAACCCGAGGCAGCUGAACGAGCUGCUGGACAUCAUUCUCGAUCCUCGAAAGCCCAUCGACAUAUGGGACACCAUAGACUGGUGCAAAUGGCUCAUGGCCGGAGGCAAGACUCCCGACGAGUUCUCCCAGACAGUGCGGCGGUACGACAAUGCCACCACGUGUGGCCUGGUGUGGACGGCGAACUUUGUGGCGUACCGGUGCCGCACAUGUGGCAUCUCACCCUGCAUGUCCCUGUGUGCCGACUGCUUCCAGCAGGGCAACCACCAGGGCCACGACUUCAACAUGUUCCGCAGUCAGGCAGGGGGUGCCUGCGACUGCGGGGACGCCAGCGUCAUGCGCGAGGAUGGGUUCUGCCACCGGCACGGUCCCAAGGCACAAGUUGGCAAGCCGCCAGCGCCUCCGGAUUUGCUCUGCGUAGCAGAGUCCAUGAUGCCUCGUGUCAUCUUGCGCCUUGUCCAGCACCUGCGUGAACACAGCAACAGUGUUGAUGCCGGCACAGUGGGCCAGAAGGCAGUGCAAGAGGCCGAUGGCUUCCUGACCAUGCUGCAUCAGCUGAGUGAGAUGGGCGCAGUCAUGCGGCAAGUGAUGACUCAUGCCCUCACCAACCCCCUCAGCUACCGAACACUCACCUGCAGUGCCGCCAACGAUGUGGAGGACGAGGAGAAGGCAAAGUUUCUAAAGCACAACUACGAGUGCUACGAGGAGGCCAAGCGUCGGCUGCAGAACUGGGAGUGUCCACCCGAGUACCAAGAGAUCGCGGCACUACAGCCUGUCCUGAUACACCACAGCUUCUUGGAGGAGUUGGUCUUCUGGAUGGUCAAGUUUGAGUUCCCGCAGAAGCUGGUGUGCUUCCUGCUCAACAUGCUACCUGACAUUAACUACAAGGAGGCAUUCACGCAGACCUUUGUGCAACACUACAGCCGCAUCAGCUACAUGCUGACGCAGUCGACAGACUCCGAGACCCUGUCCAACCGGGUGGUGCACGUGAGCGUGCAGCUGUUCUCCAACGAGGCACUGUCGCUGCGCAUGACGCGCCGGGCCCACCUGUUGCACAUCAUGGUGAUCAGCCUGCGCGCCAUGAUGUCCCUCAUCCUGCAGCCCAGCACCCUGCAAGAGGGCGAGCGCAACUUCCACUACGUGGUGAACUGCGGCCACCGCAUUGCUAAGGACCACUGCUACUGGCCUCUGGUGAGCGACCUCAACAACAUCCUCACCCACCGGCCGGUCGCCAUGGAGUUCCUCGGCGACACUCGCCUCCUCGACAUGUGGUUCUCUCUGCUUUCCAUGUUUCAAGGCAUGAACGUCAACCAGCGAGAGCUGACGCAGCACGUGGAGUUCGAGCCCAACACGUACUAUGCAGCCUUCUCUGCCGAGCUGGAGGCUUCGGCCACACCCCUCUGGGCUCUCAUCUCGCACCUCAAAAAUGAGGAAACCUUGCCUCUGUCUAAGAAUGUCCUCGAAAGGUGUCUGACAGCACUAGAGGAUUUCUUUGACAGCAUUGGCUUCAAGAAGGACGACACGCCCAACCCGUACCAGGUGUCAUUCCACUUGCCCCUGCACCGGUACUACGCGGUGUUCUUGUGCCAGGCAGUGACGAGGCAAGGGGCCACACUAGUCGAGCUUUUGCCAGACACGGACGUCCUGAUGACCCUGAUGGCACACCCUCUACAGGCCAUGGUGUCGUUCCACGAAAUCCUGUGUGGCCUCUGGGCGCGCAAUGGACUGCAGAUCAAGGGGCAGGCCAUGACGUACAUUCAGUGCCAUUUCUGCAACUCCAUGGUGGAUGCCGAUCUCUUUCUGCUCCAGUUGUGUGCCACCCAUCUUGAUCCAGACUGGUUCAUUUCCACAGUCUUCCAGAGGUUCCACGUGUGGGAGUGGCUGUCGCUGUCGCCCAAUCGGACCAACUCCUUUCUGGAGCCGGACAAGGUGCUGCCCAUGCUGGAGGCCGCGCUCACCUUUCUCGCCAUGCUCUUCAGCGUCCGCACCAACCUGGGCAUGACUGAGGCAGAGGUGACGCGGCAGGAGAUGGUGAGCCUGCUGUGCAUGGGUGACCGCACGCACUCCCAGCUGAUGGACCUGCUGCCCGAGAAGUGCGGCACCAGUGCCCACAGCCGGGACUUCGAGGCCUUCCUCGAGGAAGUGGCGCUGUACAAGCAACCAAACUUUGAGGCCGGUGGCAACCUGCUGCAGGGAAUGUACGUGCCUCGAGGAUCAGUGUGGGAGCGGGAGUACGAUCCUGUGCACGUCCUGCUGCGUGCUGUGCAUCGCAAGGACUAUCAGGCAUCCAUGGACCGAUACACCCACUUCAUGCGCCAAAAUGGUCGGCUCAAGGGAAGUGCCACGCCUUGGCCCCCGUUCCGGCUGCCACGCAAUGUGCACCCAGAGCUGGUGGACCCCCGCAAACUGCUGCAAUGCAAGACUAUGCAGGCUGCUCUGUUCAUCAUCCUGUUCAAGGCGCUCAAAGACCCAGAGGUUCCGGAGCAGGUACUGGCGCUCGCUGUUUACCUGCUAGAGAUGGCCCUGCAGUUUCAUCCACACUCUGUGUCCCAGAAGGAUGAACUGACGUCAGUGGCCGAGGUGACAGACUUGUCAUUGUUGGAGUGGUUUCCGGACACAUGCGUGGUACAGAAUUCGCUGCGCACGAUUAAGACUGUGCUGCUGCCCGAUGGCCUAGCGCUUGCUCCGACCUGGGUUGACGACAUGGAGGUCGACCAGGAUCCCGACGAAUUCCUCGAGGUGGCCGAAGACGCACUUGCCUUCCUGUUCCCAUCAGCCAGUGGCACCUUUCCAGAGCUCACGGCCGGCCCGGAGGCAGACGAAGCAGGCAUCAAUGCACCCCAGCUACCACCAUCGGGCCAGCCGCUGGCUCUGCCCCCCACCUCGCCAACCCCAGAAACCGGUGCGCUGGUUCCCGUGAACCCCGACGCUGGCACCGUGGUGCCUGCAUUCUACAGUGCUCCGCCACCGUCCUUCUACACCCAACCCCUGGCCGGUCCAUCACACCCUUCCCCACCAGCCCUGCCUGCACCAAACGGUACAGGUGCUGCAGAGCCGGCUACUAGUACCGCCCUAGUACCCACUGGCAGUGGCGGCGGUGCCACCGCAGGGUCAUCUGCUGACCAGGCCGCCGGCCACUCCGGGGCUCUCGUGCCUUCCACAACCACCCUGGUUCCCACCACGCUUGGAGCAGCGGGCAGUGUGCCAAGCGACGCACUCGUGAGGCACCACGGCGCUGCCGGUAUGUCCCAGCGUAGUGUAGCUGGCCCCGGUGGGGCCCUAGUUCCGUCACCGAGGUUUCCAACAGCACUGUGGGGUCGUGUUGCACGCCCCCUACCCUCCUCCGAAGGGGGCGCCACUGGUGCGGCUGCGAGCAGUUCCGUAGGCGCCCUCGUGCCUCUGGGGCGAGGCCUAGCUCAGCUAAGCCGGCGGCUUCGGUCCCAUGGUUUCCGGACGAGGACUGGGAGUGGUGAACUGAGCAACGGAAGUGGCAGCGCCGGUGGUAGCCACCCUCAACUGCCCACCUGCAAGCCUCGCCACGAGCUGGAGGGCAGCACUGCCUUCAAGGCCCUCCCUCCUUCGGAUGCGCCACGGCCAGUGGCCGAGGUAGACGAGAGCCUUGUGUCCCUGCUGCUCAAGCUGCACUCAAAGCUGUCGGGCCGGCCAGACUCGUACCGGCUGCCAGACAAAGACCAAGGCGGGCCCACUCCCGAGGAGCAGGAGAGAGACCGGGUUGGUGCGGGACCCCACUUCCUAGGCCUUUUGCUCGACAAACUUGCCCGGCUGACACGCACCACUGACGUGGAGUCGCCCGUCGAAGAGGUGCGGCGGCGUAUCUGGCCACCCCAGCCGUGCGACGGCGAGGGAAGCUCGGCCACUCCAAGCACGUCGGCCGCAGCACGGGAGGCCAGUGAUCGCGAGGAACGGAGACGCAGAGCAAAGGAACGACAAAUGAAGCUCAUGGCGGAGUUUGCCAACCGGCAAAAGUCUUUCCUCAAGAAGGCCAUGGAGAUUGAAACCGAGGAGCUGGACAUGGCGGACCAGCUGUCAGAGCCUGAACCAGUGGUUUCGGUUGCCAAAGAGUAUGAGUGUGUCAUCUGCAGCCAGACAUCACCUUCCACUGUGGCACGGCCUGUUGGCAUGGUGGUACUACUGCAGGCAACCAGCGUGAUGGGCCACGCUAGGGAGGAAGAGGAUGCCGACCGCAAGCUGCCCUGCUCGGACGAGGAACGCCUGCCACUGCUUCAGGACGCCAGUCGAUCUGCCUACAUGAAGAAGCGUUUCGAGGCCCUCACCAUGCACUUUGACGACAGCCAACAGAGCCAGCGGUUGCAGACUGUUGCAGUUGAGCGAGGAGAGUACUGGUGCCCACUGUGCAGACAGCUUGCAAACUCUGUCCUUCCACUGCACCCCGAGGAACCCAGAGGUGCGCUGGUACGCAGGGGCACGACACCCAACACUCAACUGGUGCAAGACCUGUCCGCGAUGCUUUCACACAAGCCUAUGGUGGAGGAGCUGUCGAUAAAAGAGAUGCGGCCCUUCAUGGAAGACCUCACCAAUGCAACAUCAGUCAGUAUCGGACCAUCUCGUGCUUGCCCAAUUCACACGGUCUGGUGCUGUUUCUCUGCUCUAUUGCCAGAAACGCCAGUGCGGAGCUGCGCUGAAAGCAUGGCUGCGCGCGAGGAGAGCAAUGGCACAGAAGUGUCAGGGACCAACUUGGAGGCAGAGAUAGUGCUAAGGAAAGGAAACCUCUGCUUACCUCAACCACAACAAGUCAAGAAGCAGUCAUGUUUCUUGCCUUUGUUCCGGGGGCUGGCAUUACAUGCAGACUGGUGGAUGGAGCGACGGCAAGCACCCUUUUGGUCACAACUCACUGGCAUGGAGCUGUCGAUAAAAGAGAUGCGGCCCUUCAUGGAAGACCUCACCAAUGCAACAUUCAGUCAGUAUCGGACCAUCUCGUGCUUGCCCAAUUCACACGGUCUGGUGCUGUUUCUCUGCUCCAUUGCCAGGACCAACUUGGAGGCAGAGAUAGUGCUAAGGAAAGGAAACCUCUGCUUACCCCAACCACAACAAGUCAAGAAGCAGUCAUGUUUCUUGCCUUUGUUCCGGGGGCUGGCAUUACAUGCAGACUGGUGGAUGGAGCGACGGCAAGCACCCUUUUGGUCACAACUCACUGGCAUGGUGCUCAGUGAGAACCUUACCAGCUUGACACCUGUCGAAAGGAAGGUGCCAGUGUUCGUGUGUGACCCUGCAGCUGUGCUGUUGGAGCUCAUGCUGGCCUUGCCUCUGGACCUAGAAAAAGCCUACUACACAUGUCUGGUACGGUCACUGUAUGCAAUCAACUACGUCCAAGCCUUGGUGCAGAUCAGCUGUAACCUCAGUCACAUGGCACGGACCCAGUUCAAGCAGAAAACCCUCGGUUCACCAAAUUCCCUGGAAUCCGCAGACUCUGUGCUCGGCCUGCUGGUCGAGCAGCUAGAGCAGGGCAACCUGUACAUUGACGAUGAGGAUAUGGAUGCACAAGUGCGACAGAAAAGCCAGGAACUGUCGGGGCACCUGCUGGAGAAGCAAGUGGUGGCCAUGUGCGGACCCUUCCUGCGAGUAGCUGCCCUCUUGCAGUCACACCUCUUCGAGGAGAAGCUGCCCACGACUGCGGAUCCCGCUGACGAGCUGGGUGCGCUCUGCCACUUUCUGGGACUCAGCCGGGAGGGCCAGUCGGCGCACUCAUCCCUGGCUGGUGUUUCGUGGGUCACCGAGAGCCCCCAAGUGCUCCUGCGCUCCUGGUGCCGCGAGUUCAACCAGUUCGCUGGUGUAGUCCCAGUUGCCGCGAGGAGCCUGAUGUCGGUGCGAUGGAACUGGGCCCAGCCACGGUUGCUGUCAUUGCCGGGCCGCUAUGACGAACUCUUCCAGUACUACCACAGUCGGGCGUGCAGCAGCUGCCACAACGUGCCCAAGGACCCGUCCGUGUGUCUCGUGUGUGGCACGCUGGUCUGCCUGCGUGAAAGCUGCUGUCGCCAGCAGGCGCACUUCGAGGCCGUGCACCACUCCAUUAACUGUGGCGCGGGCACGGCCAUCUACUUGGCGGUGAACUCGUCAACGGUGAUUGUGAUACGAGGCAAGCGGGCCUGCCUCUGGGGCUCCGUCUACCUCGACAGCUUCGGUGAAGAAGACAGGGACCUCAAGCGAGGGAAACCGCUCUACUUGAGCGUGGAGCGGUACCAGCUGCUGCAGCAGCAGUGGACGACGCACUCCUUCGACCACACCUCGCGACGUUGGGUGUGGCACAAGGACAACCUCUGAUGCACCCUCCUCCUUCCGUCGGCUUCACCUUCCGCACCCGCAUCUGGCCGCGUCCAGGACGCUAUUGGCCAGCAGUGCCGUUGUUCCCCUAGGCUUGUUUCACUGAUGCCUGGACGCUGUGGGUGCUGCAGCCGUCACUUCUAUCUGCCUUUUUCCUCACCGCACUAUACAUAUGUACAGGCGAAGUUCUGCCGCGGCAGCGGGGAAUGGCGCGUAGGAUUUUCUUCUUUUUCUUUUUGUGAGAUGCAGCUGUCGAGUAGCACUGCAGCCAGGCCGAAAGAAUACAGUACUAUAAUACUAGUUUAGGGAGUUGCAAAGAAGAAAAUUUGCCGCUUGUUUGCAUUAAAAGAAGAAAGUUGAGAUCA